ACAUUUGUUAAAGUUUCUUUGUCAGAAUAUGCCUCCUUUCAACAUUUCUUGUCAGACUUGUGGAAAACAAUUCCGAACAACACAUUCCUUAAAAAAACACUGGCUGCAGAAACACCCUCGCAUUAAUCGUCCAAAAGUUUUUUCAGUUACCGCCGACGCUCGUGAAGUUGACAUUCCUCAGCCUGAACGAAUGUCGAAACGAUCUUUGAUCUACAAGAACUAUAUGCUAUGGUUAGACACUGUUGUUGAAAGAAUUAACAACACGCUUCAUCCAAAGGCCCCAGCCAAAUGGAACAAAAUAGAACUGCUCCACGUUCCGGUGGAGUAUCUCAAGCAGUUGCUUGCAGAUAUUGGGGACAUCGAGGUCAACGCGGUCAAGGARGUUACACAUUGGCGUCCACCAAUUAUGUGCUCCUCGGCAACUAAAAUAACGUACAGGACCUACAAUCUGGAGCGAGUAGAAGGUACUUUUAGUACGAAAAAUGUACCGCUGAGAAAGAGUUGCAACUGGAGUGGSCACGAAGAGUUAGAAGACACAGAAAUGCCCGAGAUCCUCACAGCGGAAGACGCAAUACAGGUUGCAAUGACCCGGGGUAAGAGAAAACGCAUGACGUGCAGCUCUGAACUAAAAAUUGAUCAAGACAAACCCACAAGGGAAUAUGACCUCAUCUGGUGGUCGGACUUAUAUAAAACACAAGGAUAUGGAAAACUUUGCCUUAGAUUUUAUGUAGGAAAAGUUGUCUUCGAGUAAAUUUCAUUUAAUUUUAUGUAUUCCAUUUCUUCUGUAAUAAUACAUAAAUGGAAAAAGGAAACCUAGUAAUAAUGCUUACAUGACUGACCCAAGUAGACACCAGGUGAUACAUCACACAGACAUACAGGUGUGCAAGGCACCCAAGCACAUCUGUUGCCUACAGGUCUCUAAAGCUUUGCUACUUUUAUAGUUAGAGUAACA